UGAAACCGGAAAAACUAGGAAGUCACGGAAAAAAAGCUGGAACCAUUCCACCUCAUUAUGAUUCUAGUUGAGUUUUUAAACCCUCCCUAUUGACAUCGCAGACGUAUUGACGUCCGUCUGAGAGAAAUGGGUAAAGUUUGUUCAAAAGGGAAAAUGUAAGAGGGCGAGUGAUCGAUUGACAGGGGCGACUGAGCAACAGUUCUCCAGCUGUGCAAAGCACUAGCCAGCUCCAUUGAAUCCGCGCUUGCUUGUGUUCUGGAGAACAGUGGUGGGAGACAUCUUUAGGGUGGACAGUGAGUCUUCAGUUUUUCCACAAUGAGGCUGGCAGGGCCUUUGCGUGUUGUUGUGGUUGUCUUUCUUGUGGGCAUCACAUGGCUCCUAACAAGUUCAGUGUUGGGUAGAGAUGGUGGCUCUAUUCUGCGACAUUUUUUCAGUGGUGGUGGGGAAGAGCCCACUCCAGAGCCAAAACCACGCAAGUACAAGUGUGGCUUGUCUGCACCUUGCCCUGAGAAGCACAUGGCUUUCCGUGUUGUCUCUGGGGCCGCCAAUGUCAUUGGUCCAAAAAUCUGCUUGGAGGACAAAAUCCUCAUGAGCAGUGUCAGGAACAAUGUUGGACGAGGACUGAAUAUCGCUUUAGUAAAUGGCGUGACAGGAGAGCUCCUAGAAGUCAAGUCUUUCGAUAUGUGGGCUGGGGAUGUCUCGGAAUUGUUGAAGUUUCUCAGGCCCCUCCACGAGGGAACACUUGUGUUUGUGGCCUCCUUUGAUGAUCCAUCCACAAAGUUAAAUGAUGAGGCACGCCAUCUCUUUGAGGAGCUGGGCAGCACUGCGGCGAAGGAGAUGGCUUUCAGAGACAGCUGGGUAUUUGUCGGGGCUAAAGGCAUAGAAAAUAAAAGCCCUUUUGAGCAGCGCAUGAAAAACAGCAAGAGCAGUAAUAAAUACGAGGGCUGGCCUGAGUCCUUGGAGAUGGACGGCUGCAUUCCCCUGCGAGCCCCUCUGGAGAACUAAGCGCCCCGUCACUGCCAAGAGCGGACUGGGACAUGCUGGACCACAAGGACAUGUGGGAGACAUUGCUGUAUACGCUGUGCUGCAAAGUAAGCCAGACUUCAGGAAAAAGACCAGGUGCACAGAGGGCACCACUGUUUCCCAUUGUAAAGCUGCCGUGGCCUCUAGCUACCUUUUAGGCUGACGAUGAAUAGCUGAACAUGAGGCUUAAGAGCAAAGUGUCUCUUUUUUUGAGAAUAGAUUUAUUACAGAUGUCAGAGAUGCUAGCAUAACGUUGCUUCUGGAACUGCCGUUGUCACUACAAAAGGGGAUUUCUCUGUUGGACCAGCUGGAGAGGGUGUCAUGGAAAUGGUGGUGAUGGCACAAGAGGAGGAAAUGGAUUUUUAAAAUAACUAUAACCAUGCAAUAAUAUGAGUAAUUAUUAUUUUUUCUAUGCUAUUGAUUUUCAAAGGUAAUUCCUUGUGAUGACUGCCUAUAGAGAGAAGUUAAAGUAAUAUAUUACCAAACAAUCUUUACAAAUCCUCAAUGGAUUAUGUAUGAAAAACUAUUGCAAUCAGUUCCUCCAAUUACAUUCUGAUUGGAUGAAGUGUCUGAUUCCCUUGUCCUUAUUUCUGAAUAAUGUGUGUUAGGCCUUUGUUUAUUUAUGUGUGAUGUGUCUGCUUCCUAAUGUGUCACUGAGCGUGUCUGCAACUAUUGCUACAUAUUAGCCUCCAGGCAAGUCUGGACUCUGGUUUGGUCACUCCAGGUUUGCCUUGAGAUUUCAUUCCCAACAAUUAUUUUGAAUUUGAUUGCCAUAGCAAUAUGAUUAAGUGUGGUAUUUGGUGUCUUGUUUACUCUUUUGUUGAAAUCUUUGUCAUUGACUUUUGUAUUUUGUGGAGCUUAGUUUAUCAGGCAAGAUUGAAACAUAGACUAAUGCUGCUUAUAUUUAACAUAUUUGGUUUAACAUGUCAGCAUUCCAGACGAAUGUGUGAUUCUGUGUCUGUAUGUUUUUACACUGCUUUGACAAUAAAAGCUGGUAAUGUUGA